CGCAAGGAUUGAACGCAAGGAUUCCACCCAGGAUUCUGCUCUCGACACCGCCGGCCUGCGAUCCGAGCCUGCAAACAAACAAGCCGCUGCCACCGACAUCCACUCUGCGCUUGCGCAUCGAUCCGCUCGACUUGCUCGACUUGCUCGCACUUGGACAUCGACCUGCUCGCACUUGGACAUCAACUUGCCGCAAUCCAAGCCCCGUCGCUGUCGCAUCCGCUCGCAGUCUCAGGUCCUUUCACGCUUCGCUCGCCUCGGCCAUCCUCCUCCAAGCUGCUCCCGCCACGUCGUCUGCGGCGAUUCGUCUUUCAUCUGCCAAGGCACUCUCCCCACCCAACGAUCCGCCCUCUGUCCUGAUUCCUGCCGCAUGUCGCUCCGGUCAACGUCUCCAAUUCUACCCACUGCCGUCUCGCCCCAAUGGAGAAGCGCCCCGAGCUUUCCGCGAUCGCAUCGCAGACGAGUCUCGGCGUCGCCAGGCCACCACUCGCGCCGUCCCGGCAGCAUUGGCCAUCGGCUCUGGCUUCUGGUUGUGUCGCUGUUCGAGAGCGCUGACGAUCUGCGCCGCAAGCCCUCGUCGCCGCUGAUGCGCCUGUGGAUUCUCCUCCGGAGGCCUCUCGGGCUCGCUUCGUUCUUGGCGCUGCUUUUUAUGCUCUGGUCGCUAUGGAAUGCCGACGUCUACCGGUUCACGGAGCACCAUCUGCGGCCCAAGUCGCUCCUCCUGGAUCCCGUGUGUCUCGGGUACCAGUCCGCAAUGACGUUCUCGACCUUUGUCCAGGGAGGCGUCUCGGACGUCGAGCCCUGCUCCAAGCUCGUUGAGGAAGCCCGCGUCGAUCUCACGACCUGGCCGGUCUCCUACAGCGAUCCCACCCGCCACAAUCUGUCGUCGCUGAUCUCGUGCCAGGAUGUCGAAGACUGUGGUGUCGAGUGGAUUGUGCAGGCCUCGCGCUGCCAUCCGUCCCUCAAUCGGCUCGCCCAGACGGCCCGCAAUCUGGGCGUGACCUUUACUGUCCUGGGGUAUGGGCAGCGAUACCGAGGCGACGGCCACAACUUCCGGCAGCUCCACGACUACCUGCUCAACCUGCCCAACAACCGUCUCGUCAUCUGGACGCAUGCCGAAGAUAUCCUCCUCGUGCCCGGCUGCACCCUCCAGGAUAUUGUAGAUGUCUACCGCCGGUUCGACCACCCCAUCGUCAUCGGGACCGAGGAGCAUUGCUGGCCCGACGGCCAACUCUGGAACAAAUACCCGCCCAUCAAGCCCGAGAUCACUCGGAAGCGGGGAGACACGCCCUACAAGUACGUCAAGUCUGGCGCCUUGAUGGGCCCGGCCGGCCUCGUCCGAGGCAUGAUCAAGACCCUCUACAACAGCGAGUGCGCCAUGGAGCAGCGUCUUCUGACCAGCGCUGUCGUCAAGAAAUCUGUGUUCUGGCACGGCCGCCCAGACGGCCUCCCUCGGGUGCUCAACACGGAGCGCGGCGAACGGCCCCAGCACGGCGAGGAUCCUCGUCCCCUGGUUUCCCUGGAUGUCUAUCAGGACCUGUUCACUCGGCUCCGAAACAUGCAUCCCUGGGACUUUGUCGUCGACACCAAGACCAAGCGUGUGCGCACCUGGCUGCGGGACAAGCACAUUCCCAACUCGUGCAUUCUGCACGAAGUGGGCGGAAACCGCAAGCCAGAGGGUAUGCUUAUCGGUAUUUUGGCCGACCAGCUCGACUCUGCCAAAUAAUCAGCCAGUGCCUUGGCGUUGGCUGGCGUUGGCCUGAUUUGGCUGGCUUUGGCUGGCUUUGGCUGGCUAUGGCGAGACUGGCCUGUCCUUCUCUCCGCAUCCAACCGCGGCUGCUGCUGCCAUGCACAACGCUGGGCUGGCUCAGCCAUCGCUGCGUAUUCUCUGCUUCCAUGCACUUUGCUUCGACCUGCAUCAAUACACACACACAUCCAUC